AUGGCGUCCAAUGGAUCAGGCACUCAAUACAGGCUUCAGAUCACAGCUGGUCCGACAUACGACACAUCCACGCAUCGUCUUGUCCAUGUGAACACCGACACAAACCUGUGCAUUGACACAGAGCAUGCAAAAGUCAACGUAUGCCUACGCAUACAAGACUACAACGGACUUCCGGACUCCUCUCCGCGAACACAUGCCCAUUUCUCGCAUCCAUCCCGCCAAAAUGACCAGUACUCCCUCGCAAUUUCGUUGAUACCGAAGAAGGCUAUAUCCGGUAAUGAUAUAGUAUUCGGUAAUGACCUUGACCGCCCAAUCCGCGACCGGCUCCCACCGGGCUCCAGCUAUGCCUUUAGAUUUAUCAAGUGGUGGGUUGACCCAGGCUUAGAAGGCGACAUAUACGCAGAUAACCCUUACAUUUACGGGCCGUGUUUGUCAAGUUGGAACUAUUUCCGCAUUUGCGGUAAAGAGGAGGAACAUGAGGAUAAUGCUGCGGACAGAGAAAGAUCAGACAAGAUAUCACAGUUGGAAAUACACGAGACGGUUGUUGAAGAGGGAGCUGAAGGUAGUGGACAAGCAGUCCGCGACAGGCUACAGAUACCCGAAGACCCAAGCCUGAGACAGAAGUUUUUCUUGGAUGAACAGAAGCGGAAGGAUUUUAAAUUCGAGCCAGGACGGAUAUAUAAAGCGGAUUUUGGAAACCCAUAUAUUGGGUUUAGCGACUUCACGAUCCGUAUCCCUGGCUUUCCGGUUCCUGUUACGAAGUAUAUCGAUGAAAAGAACCAUGAGCUGCGGUAUAUUUUGAAGAACAAGGCUAACGGUGAUAUCUACUUUGUGGUGCUCUUUACUCUCUUGAUGCAGGGUGAAGCCCAAGCAGAGCUACCAAAGGAUGAAAGCGAACCAGGCGAGUCGGAACUUGAUUAG